AUUGGAGUUAUACGACAUCGUAAAAAUUGCAAAACUGCAUUGAGAAAUCAUUUAAAAGCCGCACGCUGCAUCCGAACAUCCUCAGUGACACUCAUAGUGACCAAAAUGAAAGCUACAUUGGCAUUGAUCGCAGUACUCCUCGUGCUCCAAAACAGGAGUGUCUCCGCCAACCUGAAUGCUUCAGAGAUUUUCUCUGACCUCUUUGACGCUACUUUUAAUUCAACUGGAUUUUCGGUGGAAGACGUUACAAGUGAACCACUUUCCGCUCAUCAAGCUUGUGCUAACGAGCUCAAUAGUUCUAUUCGGAAAGACAUUGCCGAUGCUGGGGCAGACUAUCGCCAGGCAUUGAGAAUUCAACAAACUGUCGCUCAGGAAAAUUUCGAAAAGCCAAGUCAAGUGCGUACGGAAUUCUUAGCAAAUAUAAGCAACUGCGAAGCACAAAAGAAAAGCAAUGAUUGCUACUUCUCGGCGAUGCAAAAAGUGGUCCGGGCAUUCCAGGCUCACACCGGUAAUUUUUCCCCAGUUGACUAUGCAAAAAUAUUCUUCCGCACAGAAGAACUCUUCAAAAGUGUACACGGUGAAUAUGUGAAAUUUGAGGUUUGCUUAGUGCGAAACUCGGAAGUUACAUCAGCACUUGAACAAGGAAGUUCUGAUUCCUCAGAGGCAGAAGAAAUCACAGCAAACUCAAGUUCUGAUUCUUCAGAGGCAGAAGAGACCAUAGCAAGCCUAUUAAAUGUUCCAGAAAUUUUUUAAAUGCAAAUAUUUUCAAGAAUAUGUGAAUUGUACUACAUUUUCGUAAUAAAAAGUGCAUUACCAUUUCAA